GUAUACGUGAAGUUUGGACUUUGUUUUUCAUUAUCAUUCAGUAGCUUAACUUCAGUUGAAUUGAGUGCUCGCUCCUAGCUAAUCUACUGAUCUAAUAAUAUAAACUUACUAUUUACUGUCGGCCCUGAAUGCCGGUGAAUACAAAAUAUUGGAAAUAAUUGAUUUAUCAUGUUGAUAGGAAGGCUUGCUCAGUUAACAAUUAGAAGAUCUAUACACGUAUCAUCAAAAUUAACACAAAGUAUGACUAUCGACGGCAAUACUAUAUUGGCGGAGAGCCUGAAAAAACAGGGUGUGGAAUAUGUGUUCGGUAUUGUGGGCAUUCCAGUUAUUGAAACAUCUCUCGCAUUCCAAAGUGUUGGUCUAAAGUUCAUUGGAAUGCGCAAUGAACAAGCAGCAUGCUAUGCUGCACAAGCUAUUGGAUAUCUAACUGGUAAACCAGGAGUAUGUUUGGCUGUGUCAGGCCCAGGUCUUUUGCAUUGCAUUGGUGGCAUGGCAAAUGCACAAGUCAACUGCUGGCCUCUCGUUGUCAUUGCUGGCUCCUGUCCUGAAGAUCAUGAGGGUAUUGGAGGCUUCCAGGAGUGGCCACAGGUGGAUUCGAGCCGCUUGUAUUGCAAGUAUACGGCGCGCCCACCAUCUGCGCGGCUGAUUCCGUUGCACGUGGAGCGCGCGGUUCGGCUAGCGUCCGUCGGACGGCCCGGAGUCUCCUACCUAGACAUGCCUGGCACGCUACUCAUGAGUCAAGUAGAAGAAGACAAAGUGCAAUUAGACUUCUACAGUGCGGACCCGGUAAAAUUGGGACAUCCUGAUCCCGCGCUAGUGUCACAGGCAGCCGAGUUGCUAUCACGUGCCGAACGUCCUCUCGUCAUUGUGGGGAAGGGUGCCGGCCACGCGCGGGCAGAGAACGAGAUUACCAAGCUCAUCGAGAAUACCAAACUGCCGUUCCUACCGACUCCCAUGGGUAAAGGUGUUGUGCCUGAUGAGUCACAAUACUGUGUGUCUUCAGCUCGUACGCAAGCUCUGCUCAAAGCAGACGUCAUCUUGCUAUUAGGUGCCCGAUUAAAUUGGAUGCUACACUUCGGGCAGGUACCCCGAUUUGCACCCGACGUAAAAGUUAUACAGGUAGACAUAUCACCAGAAGAGUUCCACAACAGCAUCAAAUCUGAGCUGCCUGUACAUGCAGAUAUUAAACCAUUUACUGCAGCUCUCAUAAAUAAAUUAGCUGAGAAGAAGUUCUCACUGCAGCCAACAAACAACAACUGGUGGCAAACAUUGAGAGAGAAACAAAAAGCCAACGCCGAAUUUUUUGAGGCUCAAGCAAACGACAAAUCUGUGCCUCUUAAUUACUUCGCAGUAUUUAAGACUGUGCAAGCUACUAUUUCGAGGGAUUCAAUUAUAGUAAGCGAAGGCGCCAACACAAUGGAUAUCGGUCGCGGAAUUCUCCUCAACAACAAACCAAGGCACAGACUCGACGCUGGCACAUUCGGCACUAUGGGGGUCGGACCAGGUUUCGCGAUAGCGGCAGCGUUGUGGUGUCGGGACUACGCUCCUAAUAAACGAGUCAUAUGUGUCGAAGGAGACUCCGCUUUUGGAUUUUCUGGAAUGGAAAUCGAAACUAUGGUCCGCUAUAGACUUCCAAUAAUAAUAAUAAUUGUAAACAAUAACGGUAUCUAUGGUGGUUUCGACAAAGAAACAAUGCAAGAGCUUCAGUCAGCUGGUGAUUUGACUCAAUGUAUACCACCAACCUCCCUGGGUACUGAAGUACGAUAUGAGAAGAUGAUGGAAAUGUUCGGUGAAGCUGGACACUUCUGCCGCACAGUCGAAGAAAUUGAAGUAGCUGUGAAAAAAGCAAUCACCGUCACGGAUAGACCAAGUAUAAUUAAUAUCGCUAUUAGUCCUCAAUCUAACAGGAAGCCGCAAGCAUUCAAUUGGCUUACCGAAUCUAAAUUGUAAAUAAGAUUAUAAAGAAAGGAAUUCAUUAACAUUGCCAAAAAAUAAUAACGGUUUAAGUAACGAAAGUAGGGUUAUAAAUAAUACUUUGAAUGAAUUAUAUUAUGUGUACAUACUAAUAAAUCUUCAUUGUCUCGAUUUUAUUUGUACAUAAUUGUUAAAUGUAUAUUUAUAUUACAUAAAUAAGAUUUGUUCGAUUUUAAUGUAUAAGUUAUACGCAUAACAGAUAUUGUACAAAUAUAAAUUGUGAUUUUUAAUUAUGUCAAUUAAUACUUUAUUUAAAAUAUCAUACAACAAUUAUUAAAAAAUGUAUUAAUAUUUUGAGUUGGAAAUGGUAAAGGUUCUUCAAUAAUCAUGUUUAAUGCGAUCGAUUUUUGUGAUGCGGUGGUAGGCACAGUGGUUUACGAAAUAAGAUCUCGGAAUUAAUUAACUAUUAGGUCAAUUUAGGAAAAAUCUUUUUAAUUUGCUUGGGUCAUAGUAAUUUGGUUUAUAACCAAAUGUUUGUUGCUCAAUCACAGAGCAUCUAAGCUUCAGUUCAGGAUUAGACAAUUGAUGUGAUUGUAUUGCAUUUGUUGGCAAUAAAAUAAUUAAGUGCAGUUGUGGGCGUGAUAUUCCAAUGUUCAAAUAAGUAAAUAAUUAAAUACGCGCAUAUAGAACCGCGGUUGGACAUGGUGCAAUUAUUUUGGCAAUAAAUUCCUUAAGGAAAUAAACUUAUAAUAUGGGAAUAAAAUAAGACUGGGUAGGUAGUUUUAAUUCAAUUAACCCUAUAGGGUAAUAUGAUAUAUAUCAGUCAAUACCGAAAUCACCAAUAAGUAAAAGUUCUAAAAUAUGUAGACAAAUAAAAUAAUAGGCGAAAUGUUUCAUAUUGUCUGUAAUUGAGUUACAAUUAUGUUUCACAUCACAUUCUUUGUAAAAUGAACUUAAAAAUAUACAAUAUAUAUUUUAAUACAUUUACAUUAAAAACUAAA